CCCGCUCUCCCGCCCCCUUCCCUCCCACCCUCCCUCCGUGCCGGCUCGGCGCUCGCCUCGGCCUCCCGCUCCCUUCCCCCCGAGCCCGGCUCGGCGGCCCUAUGGCGUACAGUCAGGGCGGCGGCAAGAAGAAAGUCUGCUACUAUUACGAUGGUGAUAUCGGAAACUAUUACUAUGGACAAGGGCAUCCAAUGAAACCUCACAGGAUCCGAAUGACCCACAACUUGCUCCUGAAUUAUGGCUUGUACAGAAAAAUGGAAAUUUACCGACCCCACAAAGCUACUGCUGAGGAAAUGACCAAGUACCAUAGUGAUGAAUAUAUCAAAUUUCUCCGAUCAAUAAGGCCUGAUAAUAUGUCUGAGUACAGCAAGCAGAUGCAGAGAUUUAAUGUUGGUGAAGACUGUCCUGUAUUUGAUGGCCUGUUUGAGUUUUGCCAGCUGUCAACUGGAGGCUCUGUUGCUGGGGCAGUAAAAUUGAACAGACAACAAACAGACAUGGCUGUUAAUUGGGCUGGAGGACUACACCAUGCCAAGAAAUCAGAGGCAUCUGGUUUCUGUUAUGUCAAUGAUAUUGUGCUUGCCAUCCUUGAGUUACUGAAGUAUCACCAAAGAGUGUUAUAUAUUGAUAUUGAUAUCCAUCAUGGUGAUGGUGUUGAAGAAGCAUUUUAUACCACAGAUCGUGUCAUGACAGUAUCAUUCCAUAAGUAUGGUGAAUAUUUUCCAGGCACAGGUGAUCUUAGGGACAUUGGUGCUGGAAAAGGCAAAUACUAUGCCGUCAACUUUCCAAUGAGGGAUGGCAUAGAUGAUGAAUCAUAUGGACAGAUAUUCAAACCAAUUAUAUCCAAAGUAAUGGAGAUGUACCAGCCGAGUGCUGUAGUAUUACAGUGUGGAGCAGAUUCACUGUCUGGUGACAGACUGGGUUGCUUUAAUCUUACUGUUAAAGGUCAUGCUAAGUGUGUGGAAGUUGUAAAGACUUUUAACUUGCCAUUGCUGAUGUUAGGAGGAGGAGGAUAUACAAUUCGUAAUGUUGCUCGAUGCUGGACAUACGAAACUGCUGUUGCCUUAGAUUGUGAAAUUCCUAAUGAGUUGCCAUACAAUGACUACUUUGAGUAUUUUGGACCAGACUUCAAGCUUCAUAUUAGUCCGUCAAAUAUGACUAAUCAGAAUACACCAGAAUAUAUGGAGAAGAUCAAGCAACGCUUAUUUGAAAACUUGCGCAUGUUACCUCAUGCACCUGGUGUACAGAUGCAGGCCAUUCCUGAAGAUGCUGUUCAUGAAGACAGUGGAGAUGAAGAUGGAGAAGAUCCAGACAAACGCAUUUCUAUUCGAGCAUCUGAUAAACGCAUAGCCUGUGAUGAAGAAUUUUCUGAUUCUGAAGAUGAAGGGGAAGGUGGACGACGAAAUGUUGCAGAUCAUAAGAAAGGAGCAAAGAAAGCCAGGAUAGAGGAAGACAAAAAAGAGACGGAGGACAAAAAAGCAGAUGUUAAGGAGGAGGAUAAAUCCAAGGACAGCAGUGGUGAAAAGACAGAUGCCAAAGGAGCAAAGUCAGAACAGCUCAACAAUCCUUGAACAAAAGAUAGCCACUCAUCAGCUGCAGAACUACUAGAGUUGGAGAAUACCUAAAAGAAGGAAAGCUUUCGUACUGAGAGAGAC